CUGCAUGUAGACCAGAGACCCGUCCUGACACUGAGACAGGACAGACAUCAGCUGAGACCAAUAAUCAAUACUUUUAUUGGAGGACAUUAUUUGGACGACCAGCAGGAUCUUCUGCAGUUUUGUUGUUGUUGGAAUAUUUCUCUUCUGUGUCAAUGGCUGCUUCAUCUUCCUCCCCCUCUUCAUCCUCUCUGGUUGCUCUCCUCCUCCUCUUUCUCGCCGUCGCCGUGGAGUCCAGACCUUCACCUCACCGAGAUGAGAAGCAGGUCUUGCACUCUCUGUUCGGCUCUCACCUCUCUUCUCUCAUCACGGCCCCUCUCGCCUCCGAUGAUGUCACAGAGGGCUCAGGCGGACGCCCUGCCCCCUCCAGGGGACUGGCUGUGAAUCGUCAUGGCGCUGCUGUGAGGGGACUGGGCGGUGGGCGUGAGGCGGUCCCGCGGUUCUUCCUCGACUUCCUCCAGCGACAGUCCAAGAUGAGACGACGGAGCAGGAAGUCGAUGAUGGGAGGGAGAGGAUGCUUCGGGAUGAAGAUGGAUCGCAUUGGCUCCAUCAGCGGGCUGGGCUGCUAGGUUGUCUGUAGCCCCCCCGUCCUCCAGACUGAUGAGUUAGUGGUACAUUCUACCACUGUAGCUCUAUGAUGUUGCCAUGGUAGGCGACCCUGAGCUGACCCCUCAUGACCUCUGACCUCCAGUAGCUCCUGGUGCGUCUCUCAGAGACUCCAUGUUGGAUUUAUACUAACUAAGGACUGAAUACACCUGUUCAUUGUAACGAAGACACAGGUAGAAUUCUACUGAUGAUCUCUGACCCCUGGCUCCAACACAGCCGGCAGAACACUGUGAGUGUGUGUGUGUGUGUGUGUGUGUGUGGACAAAGUGCAGUCUGACUGCAGGAUGUAAUAAAACUAAAAAGAAACUCCA